ACGAAAUUAAAUGAAUUCUCUCUCUCUAGUGCAAAUCUCAGGCUUUUCUACCACUCUUCAUUUCCUCUGCUUGAAUACUAGAAUGAAACACUGUUGUACGUUGGUGCUUUUUUUUAGUUUAUCUUGCUUAGGAACAGGGGUGCUGAUAGUCUUUCACAACAACGGAUGGUGCAGAGGUUGCUUAGAUGACGAGGGGAGAGCUCUUGAGCAAAUAAUAGAAUCUAUGGGCUUUGGAGAUGAAUAUCCUUAUCCAAGCAAAUACUCUGAUGAUUGUUGCAAGUGGGAAGAAGUUGAAUGUAGCCUCACAAGCCCUCAUGUUGUCAAGAUUUUCUAUGAAAAUAUUAGGGAAGAUAAAGAGUUAUGGUUUCCAGAUUUGAGUUUGUUUGCUCAACUCAAAGAAUUGCAAGAGUUACAUCUUAAAGGCAAUAACAUUGGGGGAUUGAUUAACCCUGAAGCAUUAUGCAACCUUGAUUACUUGCAACGUUUGGAUCUUUCAUCCAACUCAAUUGAAGAAGAUUUUGUGGAACCAUGUUGGGGGAACAUGCCAUCACUGAGAACAUUAGAUUUGUCAAAGAACCAAUUUCAAGGGAACCUUGCCUCCAUCUUUGCUAAUCUUUCAAAAGCAGAAUACAUCGAUGUUUCUCACAACCUUUUUCAAGGGAGACUGCCCUUAGACACCAAUUUGUCUCUUCCCAAGCUCUAUAGGUUCAAUGCAUCCUCCAAUAUGUUCUUUGGUAGCAUUCCCUCCUCGUUAGGUGAAUUGAAAAAUCUGGAACACUUGGACUUAUCUAACAAUCUCCUCUCUGGAGCUAUUCCAAGUGGCCUAACCCAAAACUCCCCUCUAUGGUACUUGAAUCUAUCAAACAAUAGCUUGAUCGGGGAGAUGCUUCCAAAAGAUUGUAAUGUGACACAACUGAGAUGGUUAUUAUUGCACAACAAUCAGUUCAAUGGGAAUUUGCCACUGUGUUUAUUGAGCAGUCUGUCUUUGAUGCUGCUAGAUAUAAGAAAAAACUUGCUGUCCGGAACUAUUUCAGGCCAACUACUUGUUUUCAAGCAACUAGGAGCAUUUCUUUUGGGAGGAAAUGAUUUCGGAGGGUACAUUCCCAGGCAACUUUGCACAAUGCAAAAGUUGCAGUUCUUAGAUUUUUCCAAAAACAGCUUCUCUGGGAACGUUCCUUCUUACCUUGGAAACAAUUGAGUCUGGAGAAAGAAGUUUCAAGCAGACUCUUGGGUUCCAAUUGAUUUCACCACCAAGGGCAAUUCGUAUUCUUUCCAAGGUAUUCCUCUCACUCUUAUGACUGGUAUUGAUUUCUCAGAUAACUAGUUAGGCGGUGAGGUUCCUGUUG